CAUGUUUAUCCCAUUUCUGACAACCAAUUAUCUGUACUUCCUGGUAUUUGGAAACCUAUCGUAUGUGAGAGACUGCCCCAUUCACAACGUAUAUAAAGAAUGCUGUAUUGAACUGUUCGGUAUAUCUAGUUAGGUGUUCUAUGUGCGUGUUUGUACAUCUUACCAUCACGAACAUCGGUUACUAUUCGUGAUAUCAAACAUAUCACUUUCCCUGACCUGUCGUCAUGGAUACCAACGCAAACAAAAAGUUCCGGCCUUUCAAUGCCUUUAUGAACUUACAGACGGAGCGAUCCGAUGUGUUCGAAAUUGCAGUAAAACCGGUUUCCUCUCCGAAUCGCAUAAAAACUUUCCUUAUUGCUGCUACUGUCAUCACAGGCAUAGGUCUCGUUGUAGCAAUAUCUGUUGCCAUAGCGUUGAAAAUUAAAUCCUCGGAUGCAGUUCACAAGUACAACCAACCACUGGGGAAAAUAGGUAAAACAACAACAUCAACCACAAGAUCCACUACAACAGGUCCUCAACUCUCAAGUAGUACUGCAGGAUUAACGACAACCACACCGGCACCAAGUGCCAAUGGCACAUGGAACAAUUGGGGAUCGUGGACGUCUUGUGGAGCCACUUGUGGAACCGGAUAUCACACGAGAUACAGAACAUGUCUUCGUACAUCGGCGAAUGACCCGAUCUGUCAGGGAGAAUAUGUGGAGACGACCACUUGUUCAUUGGCAACUUGUCCAGUGUACGGAGUAUGGACAACUUGGUCAGGCUGGGCAGUUUGUGACGUCACUUGUGGAGGAGGUACCCAUUUAAGGACGCGAGUUUGUCAGAAGUCAUCCUCCUCGGACCUUGACUGUGUUGGAAGUUGGUCACAGUCUCAGGCAUGCAACCGGUGGAGCUGUCCAGAUUGUUCUCAGACUUGUACCACUGGUGUCUUAAACGCCGAUUGUACAGCAUGUGAAUGUGCGUCCAACACUGUGCAGGGAAUUGUACGUAACCAUGUCAACGUCCCCUUAAACGAGGCUUCAAUCGCACACGCUAGCGUUCCCUACAAAACGUUAGCAACAACCAAUGAAACUGGUGGAUUUGUGUUGGACACUACAUGUGAGGCUGUAGAAGUUGUCAUCACCAGGGCUGGCUACGCUGAUGUCACUGUUGUAGUAACAAGCACCACGGUCACUGUACAGAUGUCCCUCACAGAAUACCCUGCCAUCAGUAUGAAUCCAAAGUCACGUGUCCGUGUCCAGGGAGAAAAUGUCACGUUUUGUUGUGAAGCGUACGGAAACCCUGCUAUCACCAGCUAUGAAUGGAUGAAAGGCGGUGUUUUAAUUGACGAUACUAAGUACCCGGAUGGAUACAACUUGACACUGAAUGACGUCACUAUAAGUGACAGUGGCGAGUACAAGUGUCGCGCUAACAGUCCCGUGGGAGCUGUGUACUCAGCGUCAGCCCUGCUGACCGUGAAAUCAACAAAAGCCGAGUUUUGCGAGGAUGCGUACGAAGAGAAAAAAAUCAGUCUUCCAUCCGACUGCGUUCAGGCUGACAACACAAAUCUGUAUGAAGUUGGAGGAUGCGCCAAGAAGACAUGUCGCAGUUCGAACAAUGAGGACGGAUUAUGUGGUCCUACCAAGAAGUUCUGCUGCAUACCUUCUUCAGAGGAAGAACGGACGGUUCAGUGCAGUGACUAUACCCUGAAGGUAAUCGUCGUGACUGGAUGUUCCUGUGGCGAAUGUUCGUCUGCUGAUAUCAAGGUACAAGGCCAGGUCAAUGGACUCAAUACUGGUGUCGCGUUGCGUCUCGGUACGAUAUACGUGAAUGGAUCAUCUGUAGCCAGGACCACAUUCUCUGGUGUGUUUUCGUUCACUCUACCCGCCGGUAGUUUAAGUGUAGCUUUAACGAUAGAAGACACUCUCUUCAAAACCUUGCUGACUACCACAAGACUUCUUACAUUCGAUGAAACAAUGGAAGGAGCAGUUUACCAGAAAAUUACGUUGAUGGAAGCUGCGCCUCGUAUAUCAAUUUCAUCAGAUGUCGAAAAUACAGUAUCGAUGGGAAAUAUCAGUGGUAUGCCAGCCAUAGCAGAGAUGAUAAUACCUCCAAACUCGUACGUGGACGCGUCCGGAAACCCUUACAACGGAGUGGUAAAGGCUAGCGUGAACAUAUUUGACCCAAGAAACGUGAGCAGUAUAUCAGCUGCGCCCGGAUCAUUUGAAUUCACUGAUGCAGAGGGUGACACACAGGAUCUUCAAACUUUUGGCGUUAUCGUCCUGGAUUUCCAAGAUGAAUCUGGAAACAAAUUGAACGUUGUCGGAAACGUGACCAUCAAACUGGACGCUACCUUUGUCGAAAGUACGUAUUCCGGAAACGUUACUGAUGCUAAGCUUUGGGGACUCAACACCGUGACAGGACAAUGGGAAGAGGUAGGAUCUAUGGUCAUAGAGACAUCAAAACGACGCAAGAGGCGAUCUGCUAGAAACUAUGUCGUAGGACAGGUUCCGAUAAGUGCAUUCCGAGCUAUCAACCUAGACUGCUAUCGUGGAUUCAAAAGAUGCUACUUUAAAACGUCGGUAACAGACACAAACAAAAACCCAGUAAACGGCUACACUGUUCGAGUCAUACACAUGACGUAUCCCGGGGAAAGGUAUGGAAGUACGUCAGAGUACGUCACAGCGGUCAAGGAAAUGUCGUGCAACAGCGGUUCCCGUCAGUAUACGUUUUGUCGAAGUGACUCUUGGGGAUAUAUUCAAGCGUACAAAAGAGCAGAAGUGUAUAACCCUGGUGUUUCAGGUGCAAGUGGACUAUCAGCAACUGCUCUUUCCCGUCUGAACUACAAAACAACAACCAAUCCCGUCAGCAUCAAGGCAUCUUUCCAAAUAUCCAAUGAUCUUUUUCGGUUCUACAAAAGUUCUACUGUGAAUUCUUUCGCAGAAUAUACACUUAUUCCGCUUUCUGUUGGUCCAACGGUGGCCUUCUCCAUGUCUAUUCCGGCAACCGCAGCCGAUCACGGACCAAGGUUAUGGUAUCCGUACAAAAACCCGACAACAAUGUCCGAAUUCAAAAUUUGUAUGAUAAAAAUAGCUGUUGAUGGACAAACAUCAGGUCUUUCCUUCACGGUUAAAAGUAAGGCUGGUCCAAAUAGUGGAAUAACGGACACAAUCCUGGGAGUUCGUCAGGUCGCUGUGGAGAAUGGUGGAGCUUGUAUUGAAUAUAAAUGCAGUGGCACUUACCCUUUAUUCAAAAAUGUGUUGACACGUAUUUCACCUGACAAUCGACACGACUAUACAAAAGUUACGAUAACUCCUGUCGGUCGAUUUUGUACCGUGUCAUGGGAAGGCGACAUCAAAUUACACUCUGUCAACUCCGGAUCAAACAACAUCGGAAUCGUGUCUCAUGAGUGGUUUAUUCCCGACACAGAGGAACAUGGCAUAUAUAUCUACGAAAAGACAGAAUCAUAUGAAACAAUAGACUGGGACGACACACGGCAGACGACCCGAAACAUGUGUAGGGAAGGCGUCAAAAGUCCGUCAAGUAACGCAGAUCCGAGUAUGAACGCAGUUGACCCGGCACUCAAGUUCACGUGUUUAUAAUAAUGACGAAAUAAAAACAUUUUUUAUAAAAGCAAAAGAGUCCUCAUCAAACGACACAGUGUUAAACCUCGAUUUUAAGUCCAUUAAUUGUUCCAAUUACCACUUCGCUUUCCGCCAACAUCACUUUGUAUUUUUUCUUACGGAUUCUUUUAUACCUGUAACUUAAUUCAUCGCUAAACCCCAUUGUACACCAAAACGUUACUCUGGACAGCUGAUUAUUGUAUAACUACACUUAACUGUUGUACUAAUAAAGACUGAGACAUUAAAUGUAGAUAAAUAUACCGCUAUGUUAACUGUAUGACACGUAGAAAGGACAUAAUGUCUAAAAAUAUGUUUUGAUGUGCUUAUUUUGAACUGUAUAUAUUUCAAGUGAUUUUGUCUAAUUAUGUCUCCCAAGCACAGUUCGGGGACAUAUUGCUUUUGCUCCGUUUCUUAUUAUUAUUAUUAUUAUUAUUUUUUAUUACUCUUAUUUCUUCCACUUUCUUCCGCCGAGGAGGGGUCCGAAAUUUUUCUCGAAAAUCGUAGGGCGGAAUUCAACGAAACUUUUUAGAGUGUUCGUGUAUGACAGGCGGUGCGCAAGAGUAUUUUUUCAUCGGUCAUCCGACUGGUCAGCUGGACGGCGGCCUCUGAUUGGUCGAAACUUAGACAUUGUCCGAUUUUGAUGAAAUUUGGUAUAUAGGUUAAGUAUGGCGUUACAAAAGCAACAGCGGGGUUUAUUUUGUAAUUUAACAAUGGCCGCCAUUUCUUGACCUCUGAUUGGUCGAAAUUUAAAUAUUGUCCAAUUUCGAUCAAAUUUGGUAUGUAGGUGAAUUAUGGGACAACAAUCAUUCGGCCCCCAUUUCCUGUCCUCUGAUUGGUCGAAAUUUAAAAAUUAUCCAAUUUUUAAUCAAAUUUGCUCACUCGGCCCCCAUUUACUGGCCUCUGAUUGGUCGAAAUUUAAAAAUUAUCCAGUUUUUAAUCAAAUUUGAUCACUCGGCCCCCAUUUACUGGCCUCUGAUUGGUCGAAAUUUAAAAACUAUCCAAUUUCUAUCAAAUUUAGUAUGUAUGUGUAUCAUAGGACAAUGAUCACCUCCAUAGCUUAGAUUUCACAUUUCAGCAAAAUGGCUGCCAGUUUUUUCCUCUUAUUGGUCAAAAUUUAAACACUGUCCAAUUUGGAUGCAAUUUGGUGCAUCGGUUUAGUAUGACACUACAAAUACAACUGCGGUCGAUUUUUUUAUUAAACAAAAUGGCUGCCAAUUCCUGGCCUCUGAUUGGUCGAAAUUUAGAUAUUCGAUUUGAAAACAAAUUGGUAUAUAGGGUUAUAAAGGGUUAUUUUAGGAGAUUUUAAUGAAGAUAUAUUAAUUCCAGAUAAAUCUAGAAAUGUUAAGAAUUUCCUAAAUAACUUUAAUCUAACUCAACUAAUAAAAGAACCAACUCGCAUUACAGAGAACUCAAGUACCUUAAUUGAUUUGAUAAUUAUUAGUAACUACAUCCAAAAUUCCUCAGCUGGUGUUCUAGACCCAAUCUGUAGUGAUCAUUGCCCAGUUUAUGUAAGCUUAAAGCAAUUUAUUAUCCUAGUAACACAUACAAAAGAAGAAUUUGGAAGUAUGAAGAAGGAGACUAUAAUCUAUUUAAAUUAAGACAAAAUGGCAUAUCAGGAAAUUUAUUAUCGUGGUUUGAGAGUAACCUUUCAUGAAUAUCACACUCGCUAUAAAUUAAGUAGACUUCAGUUAUUUCUUUCCUGUUAUUAUCAUCUUUCUUGUUGCUUGAAUUGAAUAAAGAAGUGCAGUGUAUUAUAUAUUAAACGUGUUUUUGUUUCGGCUCGAUUUUGAAUUGAUGGACUAAACAAGAGGCCCAAGAGGGCAUGUAUCGCUCACCUGAAUAUUGAAGCAGUCAUAGCAAAAUAUUCACAUUAAAUAUUAUAUUG